UGCUUCCCUUUUCUAGUACAUCCAAUCCACCUGCGCCACGACUGGUGACGGUCUGUACGAGGGUCUGGAGUGGCUUGCUGAGACGCUGCGGAAAACGAACCGCGACUAAACUGAUCAUCUAAUGAGUGGAAGAAUACCUGGAAGUUUGUGAACCUGGGAGUUGCGGAUGCUGGAUGGGGAACCGGGGCCGGCAAAGUCACCUCGUGUAGGGGAAAGGGAUUAUGCUUGCUAAACUUGGUGGUUCUUGUAUGUUCUCUAACGGCUCUUCAUUCCUCUAUGCUAUUAGCUUUUACUUUUUUUUAUCAUUUCUUUUGUCACCCUGGCGCCGCCCGAUUCCUUUUUUACGACUUCUUCUCUGCCUUUGUGCUUCUCAACCGCAUGCCGUUUCCUUCCCUCCCUUUCUCUCGACUCGACUCGACCUCGUGCUCGGAGCAGAAUAAGGGAGGGAACGGGAACAAGGGACAAAAAUGGAAAAAGGAAAGGCAGUAUAUCCAUGGACUGGGCUGUGAUGCAUUUGGCCCCGAGAAUGAGAAUGAGAAUGUAGAACGAGUGCAUGUAGUGGCCGGUUUUUUUUAUUCUACUUCUAGUGAGUUGUGAUAACUUUUUAUAAAUAUAACAUGACUAUGACUAUGACUAUGAC